CGCCGUUUCAUUAGAGGUCGUUUGGAUUCACCGGAACACCAGGGGACGGAAACCGCUCGAGGCAGAAUCCUCGCCCUCUCUCCCGUAGGCUCUCUCCCUCUCUCCUCACCCUUUCUCCCCUGCUCUCUCUUCUCUUGCACUCAAUCCUUACCGGCGUCCGGUGGCUUGCUCCACCCGACGGACAUUUCUCCAGCUCUCGUUUUUCAGCACUCCCUCAAAAAUCAUGGAAGCUUUUGGCCUUCUUUCUCUCUCUCUCAAAACCACAUCUUAAGACCAAGGGGCAGGGGCUUCCGCGAGGCCGAUGCCGAGAGGAACAACAGCCUUGCUGCCUGAGUCAUCGACUCCCUUGACUCCGACGGCGGCCCCGGUCCCAUGAGAUGUGGGGGAGGUGGCAACUGCCUAGAUGGCUGGUCUUUAUGAAGAGAACUCUUCACAGCCACAUGUGGUCUGACCAUGCAGCUGAACAGGUGUCAAAAGACCUCUUAGAAGCCUUUGAGGCCGAUUGCUGUCCUUUAGACUCAUUCCUUGAUUUUUGAUCUCCAAUUACCGGAACCCUGACGGAUUGAGUGGACGUACGUUCAAGUGGAUCACUGAUCAAAUUAUGCACGUCUAAUUGUCGGUAUCGAAUGGGACAGUGUUACGGGAGGACCAUCACCGCCAACGGCGAUGCUGGCGACCGGCCGUCGUCUACCUCAUGCAAUGGGGUCGCUCCUCGGAGCCCGACUCCAGGGCACUCAUCUUCUGCCAGCCCAUGGCCUAGUCCCUACCCGGUGGCCAGCCCAUUGCCGAAUGCGGGGGCGACGCCCGCCAGCCCCUUGCCCUCUGGGGUUUCACCAUCACCCAUGCGGUCAUCGACCCCUCGAAGGUUCUUUCGUCGACCAUUUCCUCCUCCGUCACCGGCGAAGCAUAUCAAGGCAGCGCUGGCGAAGAGGCAAGGGCCGGCCAAGCCAAAGGAAGGACCGAUCCCGGAGGAUGGCGGGGAGGCUGAGCAGCCGCUUGAUAAGAGUUUCGGGUACAACAAGAACUUUGCAGCGAAAUAUGAGCUCGGUAAGGAGGUCGGAAGGGGCCAUUUUGGGCACACCUGCUCUGCUAGGGCUCGCAAGGGCGAGAUCAAGGGCCAACCUGUCGCAGUGAAGAUCAUCUCGAAGGCGAAGAUGACAACUGCAAUAUCAAUUGAAGAUGUCCGCAGAGAGGUGAAAAUAUUAAAAGCUUUAUCUGGGCAUAAGCAUUUGAUCAAAUUCUAUGAUGCUUGUGAAGAUGCCAAUAAUGUCUACAUUAUUAUGGAGUUAUGUGAAGGUGGGGAGCUUCUGGACAGGAUCCUAUCAAGAGGGGGAAGAUAUACUGAAGAAGAUGCAAAGACUAUCGUUGUUCAAAUCUUAAGUGUCGUAGCUUUUUGCCAUCUUCAAGGUGUUGUACACCGUGACUUGAAGCCAGAGAAUUUUCUCUUCACUACUAGAGACGAAGACGCACCAAUGAAGAUAAUUGAUUUUGGGCUUUCAGAUUUCACUAAACCAGAUGAAAGAUUGAAUGAUAUUGUUGGCAGUGCAUAUUAUGUUGCUCCUGAAGUCCUUCAUCGAUCCUAUAGCAUGGAGGCUGAUAUUUGGAGUAUAGGUGUUAUAUCAUACAUUCUGUUAUGUGGCAGUAGACCCUUCUGGGCUCGGACAGAGUCUGGAAUAUUUCGUGCUGUCCUUCGUGCAGAUCCCAACUUUGAAGAUGCACCCUGGCCAUCAGUAUCUCCUGAAGCAAAAGAUUUUGUGAAGAGGAUGCUCCACAAGGAUCAUAGGAAAAGAAUGACUGCUGCACAGGCCUUGACACAUCCAUGGCUUCGAGUGGAUAGUCGCCCAGUUCCUUUGGACAUUUUGUUUUAUAAGUUGGUCAAGUCCUAUAUUCGUUCAACUCCACUUAAACGAGCAGCUCUAAAGGCAUUGUCCAGAGCUCUGACAGAGGAUGAACUAUUCUACCUUAGGUCUCAAUUCAAGCUUUUGGAACCAAGUAAUGAUGGACGGGUUUCUCUUGAAAACUUCCGCUCGGCCCUUGUGAAGAAUGCUACUGAUGCGAUGAAGGAGUCGAGAGUGCUUGACAUAUUGAACAAUAUGGACUACCUUUCUACUGGGAGAAUAGACUUCGAUGAGUUUUGUGCAGCUGCAAUAAGCAUUUAUCAACUAGAAGCUCUUGAGGGUUGGGAACAAAUGGCAAGCACUGCAUUUCAGUAUUUUGAAGAGGAGGGCAACCGAGUGAUCUCAGUUGAUGAGUUAGCCAGGGAAAUGAACGUUGGUCCUGCUGCUCAUGCAAUUUUCCGUGAUUGGAUUAGACAUCCUGAUGGGAAGCUCAGUUUUCUUGGUUACACUAAGUUUUUACAUGGUAUUACGCUGCGCAGUUCCAAUGCAAGACAUCAGUAGUGCUAUAUAGCAGACUGAUUUGCAUAAGUAUCGAAGGUGCAUGGAAUACUCGGUUCAAGUUCUUUGGCAGAAGGUAUAGGUGAAUGUGGUGUUCUGCACUAAAUAAUGCAGAAAAGAUCAGCCAUUCUGAUUUGCCUCCUUGCGUGGUGAUUCUUGGUUAAAUCUGUUCCGGUGCCAUUCAUGGAGUAUCAAAGGUGCUGGUUUUUUCCUCUCAUCCAGUGGAAAAGAAAAUAGUAUAUUUGGAGCAUGAGAAAGUCGUUUCUAUUUGGUGGUGGAGAGCUUAUAUUACAUCCCAUCUCAGAAAGGGGCCUAUGUUUGGUUGAGGUUCCUAUGGGUCAGUUAGAGCCGGUCUUGAGCACCUUCAGCUUUUCUGUUCUUUUACCACGUUUGUUUUGAAGUUAGAAAUGGCGGCAUUGGUUAUGGGGCCACGGAAAUUCAAUUCUGUAAUUGAUAUUUUUUUGUUUUUUUUCCCACAGUCUCAGAUAUAUAUAGCAUGCUUGUUUUUUGUUUCUUUUAAACCCUUGAAAUGUUGACUCAGUUCAAUCUUGGUGGAAGGAAAAUGUAGAUGGAAAUAGCCUAAUAAAUGCUUUGCUUAUAUUUGCUCAA